UAUAGUGUCUCCAAAAAGAAUGCUGAAACAUGCAAUGUUUAUAGAGGACAACAAUUGGUAAAAGAAAUACUAGAAGGGAAAAAAGUUCUUUUUAUUCUUGAUGAUGUGGAUUCUUAUUCCCAACUUAAAGAUUUGGCUAUUGAAUCCAUUUUAUUUGGUCCGGGAAGUAAGAUUGUCAUAACAAGUAGAGAUGAACAUAUUUUAAAUGUAGCUAAAGUUGAUGAAAUAUACCGGCCUCCAAAACUGGAUGAUGAGCAAUCUCUUCAGCUCUUUAGUUUGCAUGCAUUUUCAAAGAAAUAUCCCCCUGACGAUUUUAAGCAGCUUUCCCAUGGUAUGAUACAAGUGGCAAGAGGAUUGCCUUUAACUCUAGAAGUGUUGGGUUCUUCUCUCAUUUGUGAAAGAGACAAAAAUGUAUGGGAAAGUAUGUUAAAUAAACUGAAAAAAAUUCCUCAUUCAGAUGUCCACAAAAAGUUGAGGAUAAGUUAUGAUUGUUUAGAAGAGGAUGAGAAAUCGAUAUUUCUUGAUGCAGCCUGCUUUUUCGUUGGAUGGAACAAAGAAAUUGUCAUUUCUCUAUGGGAAGAUUGUGGCUUUAAUGUGAUAUCAAUAGUAAAAAACUCACUCAAAGGUCUCUCCUACAAUUCAAGCCUGGAGGAAGCAUGGGAGAUUCCUAUCAUGUGCUAA